AUGACCAUCUCAUCAGUGCUUAAAAAACGCGUCCGGUACGCUCCCUACUUGGAGCGUCUGGUACAGCCCCAAGAGCUCGUGCCUCUGUUCCGCACUGGCCAGAACCUCGGCUGGUCCGGCUUCACAGGCGUCGGAGCGCCGAAGAUCGUGCCCCAGGUUCUGGCAGACCACGUCGCGACCAACAGCCUACAGGGCCAGCUUCGCUUCAACUUGUUUGUUGGCGCGAGCGCCGGCCCGGAGGAGUCGCGCUGGGCCGAGCUAGACAUGAUUUCCCGGCGCUCUCCGCACCAGGUCGGCAAACCGAUCUCACGCGCCAUCAAUGACGGCCGUAUCCAAUUCUUCGACAAGCAUCUAUCGAUGUUCCCACAAGACCUCACAUACGGCUUCUACACUAGGGAGAGGCCCGCCGGCGCGCCCAUCCUCGACUACGCCAUCAUUGAGGCUACCGCCAUCAAGGAGGACGGCUCCAUUGUGCCCGGCCCCAGUGUUGGCGCUUCUCCUGAGUUUGUAGCGGUCGCCGACAAGGUGAUUCUCGAAGUCAACACUGCCACCCCAUCGUUUGAAGGCAUGCACGAUAUCGACAUGCCCGUCAAUCCGCCACACCGUCCACCUUAUCCUUACAUGUCUGUUGAUCAGCGCAACGGCCUUGACUCUAUUCCAAUCGACCCGGCCAAGGUAGUCGCUAUUGUCGAGUCUAACCAGCGCGACAUUGUUCCACCCAACACUGAAGCGGACGACGCCUCGCGUGCGAUAGCCUCUCACCUCAUCGGAUUCCUAGAACACGAGGUAACAUGCGGUCGUUUGCCCGCCAACCUCCACCCUCUACAGUCUGGAAUUGGCAACAUCGCCAACGCCGUCAUCGAGGGUCUCUCUUCGGCUUCCUUCAAGAACCUCACGGUUUGGACCGAAGUCCUCCAGGACUCUUUCCUCGACCUUUUCGAGAACGGCUCUCUCGACUUCGCUACAGCAACCAGUAUCAGGCUCACAGAACCUGGUUUCCGCCGCUUCUUCGACAACUGGGACGAGUUCUCCAAGAAGCUAUGUCUGCGUUCGCAGGUUGUAUCGAACAAUCCAGAACUUAUCCGCCGCCUUGGUGUCAUCGCCAUGAAUACGCCGGUAGAAGUGGACAUCUAUGCACACGCAAACUCCACCAACGUUUCGGGCUCUCGUAUGCUGAAUGGUCUAGGUGGUUCUGCAGACUUCCUCAGAAACGCCAAGCUGUCUAUAAUGCACACACCUGCCGCGAGACCUUCCAAGACCGAUCCUACUGGUAUCUCGACUAUCGUCCCUAUGGCUUCUCACGUGGACCAGACUGAACACGAUUUGGACAUUGUAGUUACUGACCAGGGUUUGGCCGACCUCAGAGGGCUUUCCCCAACUGAAAGAGCGCGCGAGAUUAUCAAUCACUGUGCACACCCUGAUUACAAGCCUAUUCUAACGGACUACCUUGACAGAGCUGAGUUUUAUGCCCGUAAGCACAAGUGUCUGCACGAACCUCACAUUCUGAAGAAUGCCCAUAAGUUCCACAUUAAUUUGGCCGAAAAGGGUACCAUGAAAGUGGAUUCCUGGGAUUAA